AAUAAGAAAAGUAUAUUAUUGUAUGGUAUAUGGUAUAUAGUAUAUAGUAUAGUAUGGAGAGCAGGAGAGAGGGAGAGAGGAGAUACUGUUGGUAUAUUCUGGCCGUACGAAGGCAGUAGUUGGCUUAUAUCCGAUUGGACGCCGAAUGAAAAGGCACUCGAAACACCUUCAAAGCCAUCAUUUACGAGAGAGAGAGAGAGAGAGAGAGGGGGGGUAUCCAGUGCCAUGUUUGGGAGGUCGGGUUAUGGCGUGAUGGAAGGGGUUCGGGGAGGAGCUUGGCCUCUCUGAAUUCCAUUUUGCCUAUUUUAUCGGGAAAGCCAGUGCUGGAAAGUGGAGGAAAGUCUGCAUGUCAACAAUUCACGUUCUGGGUUGGCUCGUUUCAUCGGCUUGUGGCCAUUUUUCGUUUCCUUUUCUGGGGGUCGUCGGUUGAAUUGAUAUCAACCAACAAUUGGAUUCAAAUGGUCCUGAUAAGCGGCAAAUGGUUCCAUUUAUCUCUCAAAGUGAGUACAGCAGCUGUCUCGAUUCUUGGACAAUAGUUGUUGGUUUAUGAUAGUGAAUUUCUGCUGGUCAAGCAACAGGAUAUUGUUUAGUUUGGUCCUUCUGUUGGGUUGGCUUGGACUUCCGCCUGUUUUUCCUUGGGUUGGUUGUUCCCACGAGGCAAAUCUUUGUCCUUUGGCAAUUGACGAUUUGAAUGAAACUGUGGUAUUCAUUCAGGGCAAAUCUCCUUUGGCAAUUCCAGUUUGGCUUCUGAAAGGGGACCCCCCCGGGAGGAAAAAAAAAGAAGAAGAAAUCUCCAGCAAUUUGGCAUUAUAUAAAUUGAUAUUUAUAGAUCCAGAUAUUUUUGGCAAAUCUCCUUUGGCAAAAUUCAGAAGGUUCCUCUAGCUGGUGGAGGCAAUAUCUCAGUGGUUAUACUGGAGGAGGAUUUCUCUGGUGUUGGAAAAUUAUGUUAUAAUCUUUUCAGUCUGCUUAAAGCUCCAACCUGGAUUUUUCAGCUGAUCUCCUCUGGCGCGGUCUUUAUCUGUGGAUUCUCACUACAUCUUUUCACGGAAAUAUAUUUUGCAGCUGUACCUUGCAAGCAUUAAAAUUCUGCUGUCAGAAAAAAAUAAUCUUCAUCACCUUCAUCAGUUACUUCUAGUGGAAACUUCAGUCCGUCUGUCAGGCAAAUCUCCUUUGGCAUUUCGGAGUUUUGAAUAGACUCCCUGUAGCUCUAUUUGGGCAAAUCUCCUUUGGCAUAUCUCCAAUUUUUUGGAGAUACUAUCUUGAUCUCUGCAUCGCAAGAUCAGAUAGAUCUGAAUAUAGAAAUUCUCUUUUGAAGACUUAUUGAUAAUACUGAUAUCAUUAUACAAUUAAGUAUCCUGCACAACUUCUGCUAUACAUCUGUCUCAAGAUAACAUUUGGACAGGCAGAGGGCUGGACGUUCAAGAUUAUUGCACAACGGGCAACUGGUGGUAUCCAUAUCCUUGUCUCUUGAGGCACCUGUUCUAGCCAAUAAUUUUGCAGUUUAACAUUUCCUGGAAAUCACCUAGGUUUUUAAGCAAGAAUUGCUCUAGAAAUCACCCAAGUCUGAUUAUAACUCUCAGUGACACAGAUAUAUUUUGACAGAGGUCCAGAUAAUGGAUUUUUUCAGCGAUAUUGAUAGUUUCAGUGAGAGUAGCAGCAGUGAGGAGCAAGAUGACAUGGAAAUUUUGUAUGGUGGGCAGGCCUGUAGCAUUCUGUCAAGCCUUGAGGAAACAAUUGGGAAAAUUGAUGAUUUCCUGUCAUUUGAGAGGGGAUUCAUGCAUGGUGAUGUUGUUUGUCCUGCAAAUGACCCAUCUGGACAGAUGGGGAGAAUUGUUAACAUCAAUAUGUUUCUGGACAUGGAAAAUCUUCAUGGGAAACUAAUAAAAGAUGUGAAUUCCAGAAAAAUUCAAAAGAUCCGGUCCAUUUCAGUGGGUGAUUAUGUUGUGCACGGCCCAUGGCUGGGGAAAGUGGAUAAAGUUGAUGACUGUAUCACCAUCCUGUUUGAUGAUGGUACAAAGUCUGAGUUGACAACCAUGGGUUCAGAAAAGAUCAUACCUCUUCCUUCUGACUUGAUUGAAGAUUCACAAUACCCAUAUUAUCCAGGACAGCGGGUGCGGGUUGAGCUCUCUACUAUUUCCAAAUCAGCUAAAUGGUUAUGUGCAACAUGGAAGAAGAAGCAUGAUGAAGGAACCAUUUGUGCUGUGGAAGCAGGUAUGGUAUAUGUUGACUGGCUUGCCUGUGCUAUGGUUGGUUGUGAAAGGGUGCCUGCUCCACCAUGUUUGCAGGAUUCAAAAAAACUGACCAUGGUGCCAUGUUUCUCUCAUGCAAAUUGGCACCUUGGAGAAUGGUGUAUACUUCCAGCUACUAACUUUAAUGGUGUAAAGGAGCAAAUUAUGGAAAAAUCAACUUGUGAUCUUGUUAAAGGGUGUAAACAACCUGAAGAAGUAUUCCAGCGAAGGAUCAGUCCAGAAUUUCAGGAAAUAUUUGUUAUCUUGAAGACAAAGACCAAAGUUGAUGUUCUGUGGCAGAAUGGAUGCCACUCUAUGGGAUUAGAUUCAGAAUCCCUGUGUCCUGUAAAUUUUAUUGAUGCUCAUGAUUUUUGGCCAGGGCAGUUUGUGAUGGAAAAGAGUACUUGUGAUGAAUCACACAUUCCCAGUAGCCAAAGAUGGGGUGUUGUAAAAGGGGUUGAUGCAAAGGAACGGACUGUGAGAGUACAGUGGAAAAGUCCUCCAGUGAAUAAAGCAUUUGAUUUCGCAGGACAGCAGACCGAAACUGUUAGUGCCUAUGAACUAGUUGAACACCCGGAUUAUUCUUAUUGCCUUGGUGAUGUUGUGUUUCAAUUGGAAAAGAACCAUUUGGUUCAUAAAGUUGAUGAAAUGGUUUAUGGAACCAGCAUGUUGACAGAAACAGAAGUGGGUGGAGAAGCUGAUCUCAAAGCUAAGAACUAUGGUGGAGAACAAAAUGUUUCCCCAAACAAUGGUUACUUAUCCUGUAUUGGCAUUGUAAUGGGCCUCAAAGAUGGAGAAGUCGAGGUGAAAUGGGCCAGUGGUGAUACAACAAAGGUUGCACCAUAUGAAAUUUUUCAAAUGGAUAAACAUGAAGAUUCACCUCCUUCUACUCCUAUACUACAAUGGGAAUAUGACCAAUUGACAGAAGAGAUGAAUGAACAUGAGAAGCAAUCAUUAUGCCCUGAGGCAAAGGUUUGUAGUUCCCUCUCCCUUCCUCGGGCUGCUAUUGAGAUUUUUACCUGCAUUGUGGGGAGCCUUUUUGGCUCUCUGGGUUCCACAUCACUAUCAGGUACAUGCAGCCUGACUCCAGAAGAGGGACUUGACUUGGUGUCUAACAGCAAGCCAGAUGUUCUUGAAUCUUCCAACUUUUGCACCGAGGGCUCAGCAAUGAUACUCGAUGGACUCCAGACAUUUCAGGAAACGAAUUUCGAGCAGCAAGUCAAAGAAAUACAGGAAGAGAAAGCCCCUCUACUUUCAUCUGGUGUCAAGCACCAGGAACCAUUUAAGCAGUUUGAUAUUGUAACUGGUUGCUUGGACCACCACUUUGUUGACAGUUCUGGCAAGGGAUUAAUGUUAUCUCAGGUGAAAAGAGGUUGGUUAAGAAAGGUCCAGCAAGAAUGGAGUAUAUUGGAGAAGGAUCUUCCUGAAACAAUCUAUGUUCGUGCCUAUGAGGAAAGGAUGGAUUUGCUGCGAGCAGCUAUAGUUGGUGUACCAGGAACUCCAUACCAUGAUGGAGUUUUCUUCUUCGACAUUUUCCUUCCUCCUGAAUAUCCUCAAGAACCACCUUUGGUUCAUUAUAAUUCUGGUGGUCUCCGCAUCAACCCCAACUUGUACGAGUCUGGAAAAGUCUGUCUUAGUCUUCUCAAUACUUGGACAGGCACUGAAACCGAAGUAUGGAAUCCAAUUAGCUCAACUAUUCUGCAAGUUCUCCUAUCCCUCCAGGCCCUUGUGCUAAAUGAAAAGCCUUAUUUUAAUGAAGCUGGAUAUGACAAGCAAAUGGGAAGACCAGAAGGAGAGAAGAACUCAGUCAGCUAUAAUGAAAAUGCAUUUCUUGUUAGCUGCAAGUUGAUGCUAUACAUACUACGCAAACCACCCACGCAUUUUGAGACAUUUGUGGCUGCACACUUCGGCCAGUGUGCCAAAUAUCUUCUGUUGGCAUGUAAAGCAUACAUGGAAGGAGCUCCAGUUGGCCAUGCUUUCGGAUGCAGCAAAAGUGAGCAAGAAAAUGAACAGGGUAGUUCUACCGGGUUCAAGAUCAUGCUCUCUAAGCUCUUCCCUAAGCUUGUUGAAGCAUUCUCCCAGAAGGGUAUUGAUUGCAACCUAUAUGCUGAUUCUGGGAUUUGAAAUAUGACAAUCUAUAUAUCGCUGGCAUGUGUAUAAUUCAACUUGUGCUUGGUGAGAACACUUGAUUUCAUGUUUCCUUUGUUAUGAUUUCUCUAUGUAAUACAGGUAUGUUUGAGAAAAGGCAAAAAGAGAAAGAAACAAUAAAGUGAGACAAAGAUGUGGUCAGUGAAUUCCAUUUGUAUCAUUACAUGAUCAAUAAUAGCCGUUGUGUUGUUGUGUUA